AUGGAUUCACAGCCCCCGCCUUUAUCUUCGAAGCAGACUACUCAUAAAGAAGGAGGUUCAUUGACAAUUCAUAAUCUCCCACCGGAGAUAUGUCAAGCGAUCUGGCAGGCGAAUCAAGACUUGGGCAAAGAAACCAUUGCCAAUGACUUUCAUGCGACCUACGAUAAGAUUGAGGCCCUAGAAGUGUCUUCCGAGUCGCGCACCCUUACAUUGAAAGAUUACAAACUGUGCUUCGGCAAAGACAUGCGCCAUCCAAUUUACUUCAAUGGUAACAGGGAUUUUCUCAAAUUCACGAGCUUGACACUUGCAGAGAUCACCUACUAUUCAACUGGCGAUGUUUGGAAUACCGAUAGAGUGCGAGCUGCUAACAUCAAGCGCAUUGUCGUUAAGAUGCCCAACGAUUUCAACGUCUUGACGCAUCCAAGCGUCAUAUGCGAACCAGUUUUGCUGUGUUGUGCCACCCUGUUGUUUGCUACCUUGGAAACCAUAUUCGUACAGCCAUCUUUCGUCAUGAAUCAACAUUCCGAGGCAACCUUCCGCGCACGAUUUGAGAGAGGAAUGCAAGGAAUACAAGAAAAAAAUAAGUAUUCUGGUCCUCUUCGGGAUGGAGAGCCUUAUAAUAUUCCUGAAAUUGUUUUCGUUUGCUCCCAGUGCGAUCCAGAUUUCCUCAAGGCAUAUCAAUGUUGA